UGUGUGUGUGUGUGUGUGAGAGUUAACUGAGGGACAUCCCGACUUCCACACCGUUGGGCGGAGAAGAAGCCCGAAAGUGAACCUGCAGCGAGCGACUCUGCCGGAGAGAAAGAAAAAAGCGUUUCGUUUUGGGCUCCGCGACACGUUGCUCUUUCUAAUUAUAUUUGCGUCGGAAAGGGGAGGGGGGAGCGAAGGUGGGCCGUUCGCGCUCAUUGAAGGAGGUGCGAUCGGAUCUGCGAGGCUCACCGCGGUCCUGCUCUCUCUCUCUCUCUCUCUCUCUCUCUCUCGCUCUCUCUCUCACUCACACGCACACACUCGGACACUCGGACACUGAAAGGCCACCUGGAAUCGCCAGUACGCGGGACAGUCGCGUCGGACACAUGGAGGACAAGCAGCGGAUCCUGGAGGAUCUCAACAUGAUCUACAUCCGACAGAUCGCCCUCAGCCUGCAGGACAGCGACAUCCAGAAGAAGAUCGACUACGAGAUCCGGAUGCGGGAUGGAGCGUGCAAGCUGCUGGCAGCCUGCUCCCAGAGGGAUCAGGCACUGGAAGCCUCCAAAAGCCUGCUGACCUGCAACGCCCGCAUUAUGGCCUACAUGUCAGAGCUGCAGAGGAUGAAGGAGGCCCAGGUCAUGCAGAGGGUAGCACGCAGGUCAUCUGACGCCGGGCCCAUGGACGACCGGCUUCCUUGCAAGGGAAAGGUGGCCAUCUCAGACCUGCGCAUCCCGCUCAUGUGGAAAGACACGGAAUACUUCAAGAACAAAGGAGAGCUCCAUCGCUGUGCAGUUUUCUGCCUCCUUCAGCUGGGCAGGGAGAUCUACGACACAGACAUGGUGAUGGUGGACCGCACGCUCACAGACAUCUGCUUCGACAACAGCAUCGUUUUUGCUUUUUGUGUGUGUGUGUGCGUGUGCGCGCGCGCAUGCAGUCACGAGGCCAGCCCUGGGUUCAAGCUGCGUGUGGAGCUCUACAGCUGCUGCGUAGAGGAUGAGUUCUCCGUGAGCAGCGCACCCCGCAAACUGGCCAGCAAACUGAGCAGCUCUUUGGGCCGGUCCGCGGGCAGGAAGAUGCGCGCGGCCAUGGAGCCGGGGGUCUGCGGCCCCGUCAGCAACGGCGGGAGUUCGACGCUGCUGCUCCCGACGCCCUCUGUGCCGGGACCGAAGUACCACCUCCUGGCCCAUACCACACUUGUGCUGGCCCAUGUGCAGGACAGCUUCCGCACACAUGACCUCUCUGUCUCGGGAAACGAGGAGUGCACCUACUGGCUGCCCCUCUAUGGCAGCGUGUGCUGUCGCCUGGCAGCCCAGCCUCACUGUAUGACGGAGCAGAUGAUGAGCGGCUCCCUCAAGGUCAAGCAGCACGGAGGAGACCGCCAGAACUGGACGAAGAUCUACGGUGUCCUUAAAGGGACGAACCUCUUCUGCUACCGCCGGGAGGAGGAUAUAGAGGCCAAAGUGGAGCCGGUUUUUACCAUUGCCGUCAAUAAGGAGACGAGAAUCCGUGCCUCCGAGAAGGAUCCCCAGAGCAAGGCGCAGAGCAUCUCCAUCACCAACCGGUACGGGGGCGAGGAGGUGACGCACGCUGUGGGCACGGAGAGCCGCGAGGACACGCAGCGCUGGAUGGAGGCCUUCUGGCAGCAGUUUUAUGACAUGAGCCAGUGGAAACAGUGCUGCGAUGACCUGAUGAAAAUUGACAUGCCGUCGCCACGGAAACCGGCCAUCGUCACACCGAAGCAGGGUUCUUUGUACCACGAGAUGGCUAUUGACAGCUGCGAUGACAGCGGGACAGCGACCGACGUCUUGACACGGCAUCCUCAGGAGUCUCUGCUGAGCAGCCAGUCGAGUGCCGCUCCUCACUGGAUGUUUUUGUUUGAAGAGUUUGCGGGCCACCCGAGCCCUCAGCGCAUGGCUCGCGUCAGUCCUCGCUGUCCCCAGCCUGGCUUGCUUUCCUCAGAUGCCAGCCUGAGCUCGGAGAGUCCCAGCCCCUUCAGCGUCAGUCCCCGCUCCCCACGCGGCCGGGCAGAGUCCCCGAGCCACUUCCGUCCUCGUACUCUCUCUCUCGACGCCAAGCUGAGCGGUCUGCGUGGCCAAGCCUGGGCCGAGGGUAUGCGGUGCACCUGCCAGGCCGCCUCCCGCUCCUCUGUCUCCCGCUCGCCGCAGAUGGCCCUUUCCUGCUCCAGCUCUACAUCCAGCAGCAGCAGCUCCAGCGAAGGCAUCAGCAGCCCCUUCUCCCGGCCCUCACCAGCCCGUCGAAGCCUAAGGAACCUGCGCACCAAACUGGACCCCCGGAACUGGCUGCAGAGUCAUGUGUAGUUCCCCUUUCCCCUUUCCCCUCACUUCUCUUAACCAAACAAUCACAGGGCGCUGGCUGCAUUUGUCCAGUCCCUCUGCCUCCUGGGUAUAACUGGAAGAGUGCUCCCCAAAGACACCCGAACAGGGAUCAGCGGAAACAAGGCAGGAGAAGAGAGUGCUCAAGUGGUCAUGUCCCAAACAUACCCACUAUUAACUGUGCCCCUGCAGAAGAACUCAUAAAACUUUCUUGAUUAAUUUUUAAACACAUUCUUCGAAAAAGCGCAGUUAUUUGGUGAGGAACGCAUGUGUUCGCCCACAUAAAGAGGAGGCUGAUGGUGUGACGCUUGUCAAUGAGGGAGCAGUUUUGAAGAUUUUUAAAAAGUCCUUCCAUUGCUCUUUUGCUUCUUUGUUAUACAUUUUGAUUGAAAAGAAAAGUCAGGGAUUUUUUGUGUUCUGGCUCCAGCGAAGCGGAGACGAGUCGGAGCUGGAAUCGUUGCCAAUGUGCUCCUGCAAUGCCUUGCAUGGCUCCUUGAGCAGAAUGCAGAAAUGGUCAGACGGAGGUUCCGACUUGGGCUUGGCUCUCAAGCAGGACUCGGUGGGCUAUGCUCUCCACGCACGCUUGCAUGUCCCUGCUGCAGGUUCAGAAAGCACAACCUUGAAGGUGCUAUAGGUUCCAAGGAUGAAUGGUGUGCAGCUUUGCAUUAUUCUCAUUGAGUUGAGUUUUCCUGACAACAUCGAGCUGAAGACACGUGUACAAGAAACCAAACUCCAAAUUAUUUCUUCAAUUUCUGCAUGGUUAUUACUGUUUUGGAAAUAAAUAGCAUUAAAUGUAACCCACGGUGGGGAUAAGAGAUUUAGACAUUUGUCAGUCAUUGGACUGGAAAGCAAAAUUAUAAUUACACAGUACCGCUGUCUUUCAUUACCACUGUAAUGUCAUCACAUUUACUGUACUGUAUAAUUAAAGCAUAUUAUCUCCACAGUUAUGUAUCAAUGAGUCACUACGGUAUCAUGUUUUCAUAUUUUGCAGUAUUACGAUAUAUACAAAAUUGAGAAACAUUAACGGGUUUAAAGAGGUAUGGAAACAUUAAUUUAUAUACUUUGAGCAGAAAUGAUAGAACAUCCAUGUUUAAUAUUAUUUAAAUGUUUGCUCCUAUAGCAUAUUUAUAUAUAGACUGAAACAGAGUUGUGGUGGGAAACUAGUGAAUGGAAAUUUGCACCAGGGAAGAAAAAUGAACUGAGAAGGAACCUUAGGGCGGAAGGGGGCCUUUAGUCCUCCUCGUGGUUGAAGGUACGAUUUCUCACAUCUAGGACCUCUAAUAAGAAUAAUUUAAAUCCGGGUGAGUUUCAACAUUAUUACACCGACCACUUGCAAAUUUAUGCUCUAUAUACUUUCAUCACACGCACUCUGGAGGCAGGACGGAGUCUUUUUCGAAUAUUCAUCUUUAGGACAGCAUUCAGAUAAAAAUUAGUGCUGGAGUGCAGCUGGCACAAGAGUCUACAAAGGCUUGAGUAGCUACAUUUCCAUAAAAUGAGAAGUACAACUAACCGUAGUCAAAACUCUGUCCUAAGUGAGCUGAACUGCACCUACGUGUCCCAGGUAGAUCGAAAGU